AUGUCGACGCUGGGCUACCGUGACUCGGGCUCCGUGGUCCUGUCGAAGGCUGAGGCGCUCCGACAGGCGCAUGAGAAGGAUGGCGAGCGGUCGCGGAUGAUGGUCUUUUCGAAGAGGCAGAGCCCUCCGAGGAAGCGGAAGGAUGAGCGGGAGGAGCGAGACAAGGAGGAGGCGGCCGAGUUCGAGAUGAAGCUGGCCAACAUCGUGGCGAAGCGUCCAGACAAGCGCCUGAAGUGGCUUCAGAAGGGCAUGCUGCUGAUCGGGAGGAAGAUGCUCAAGGCCUCGGAUUUCUAUGAACUGGUCAUGGACAAGGCUUUCAUCUCAGACGCGCCGGCCGAAGUUGGUGCCAGGAUGAAAGCAUCCAUCCUCGCCAACCUCCACCUCUUCUCUUCCAAGCAGCAGAAGGCCUUGCAAAGUGAAUCAUGCCAUUUCAACCAGCCGCUUUUCCGCAGAUCUGUCCCGGUUCAGCUUGCUUGGGUCCAGGAAACAUCAAGGGCACGCCCCUCCUCCCAAGUAAGGUCCCUGCCGCCUUCUUGCAAUGUAGUUGCGAAGCCCAAGACCAAUUAA